AUGCCUGCGUUAAAAGAAUACCUUCUGAAUUUAAAUUUAUUGUCACCAUCAUCCGAUUCCAAUGAACAAGAAAAUGAUCAACAACGUCGGUGGAAUAUUAUUGGUACACGAACUUAUAUUAUACUUAUCAUAUUCAUUCUUUUUAUUAUUGGUCUCAUUUUAUUAUUACUUGAACAAUCGACGAUGGUUACUAUAUCAAAUCCAACAAAAGAACAAUUUCAACGUCUGCCUAUCAAUGCAAAAUGUUCAUGUUCUCAUAUUUCUAUUCCAUAUAAAAAAUUUAUGUCAUUGGAAACAAGUUUUCAUCAAGUUUGUUCAAGUGAUUUUAUUACUGAUCGAUGGCUAAAUGCAAUUGAUUCGAAAACAAAUACAACUUAUUUUAAUUUUCGAGACUUUCGACGUAUUGGUAAUGCGCAGUUUCAAGCACUUGCUGCUUAUUGUCAGUCAGGUAUUGUCGAUACAUUUGGAAGACAGAAUUUGUAUAAGCCCAUGGAUGAUUUGACAUGGUCUACACCAGGAAUGUCAGCAGGUUGUUUCCCAGGAUUUACAAUUCUAUCGUCGACACUUGAAUGUUUCUACAAUCAAACAUGUGUCAACAAACUUAUUGAAUAUUUUCCAACAAGUGACAAAUUUACAGCGAUGAGUAUAAAUAAUAAAAGUUUAUAUAAACCAACAUCAACUAUCCAAUUAAUAAUUGAUAAUUUAAUGAUUGAAGAUUGGAUAAUGAAUAUUUCUUAUGAUAAAUAUUAUUCAGAAUGUGCACCAUCUUCAUGUACUUAUUCAAAAAUAUCUCGACGAGAUUUUGGUUAUGUCUUGAAAAAAUUGAUUAGUUUAUUGUCUAGUUUGAUAUUAAUACUGGGAUUGAUAAUUCCGCUGGUUAUGCGAUUCAUUAUGCAACGACGAGAUCGAACACCAAAACCACAAAUUUCUUUUAAAAAUCGUUUAUAUCGAUUGAAAGAAAUGAUUCAAAAGAAAUUCAUUGAAUUGAACAUUUUCAAACACUCUUCUAAUACAGAUCGACAAACGAAAUUUCAACGUUAUGCAACACGAUUGUAUUUAUUUCUUCUCAUUGGUUUAAUGAUAAUUAUAACUAUUUAUGUAUUUUUACAAAAAUCAAUUCAAUCAAAAACGAUCUUUUAUCCUACUGAAUCUCAGUUUACUCAACUACAAGAAAAAUAUCCUCGAUCACUUUCAUGUCCAUGCAAUUCAAUAUUAAUAUCUUAUUCCAAUUUUACGAGAAUUGAACCACAAUAUCAUCAGUUAUGUCAAAGUGAUCUCAUUUCUGAAAAAUGGAUUCAUUACAUGAAGGAAAGUUUCAAAACAAAGAUUCUACCUGAGUUUGAUUAUCGAAUAAUUUCUACUAGUUAUUUUCAAUUACUAUCAGUAUUUUGUAAACAAGCUAAAAAAACCGUCGUUAAUGCACUUGAGAUUUUUCUCAGGACAGAAUUCGUUAGUUCACAAGUUCUUGCACAAAAACCGUUUGAAAAUCAAAUAAAUUCAUCGAUUAAAGACUGGAAAUUAACAACGACAAAUACUUUUAAAAGAACUAUUCAAUUAAUUCAACAAAUUUAUCAAGGAAAUCAAUUGACUAGCAGUACACAUACCGGUAGUUUUGAAGUAGAUAGAAAUUCAGAAGUAUAUAUAACCUCAAAAACAUUUCAUGGAUCCAAUUGUAUUUUAUCUUCAUUCUAUAAUUCUACUGUUACAAUUUUUACUGACCUUGCAAAUGUUACACACCGAGAACUUAGAUAUCCAGUUUCGAAUAUUUUUUAUGGUUGUUAUCCAACUCAAUCAUUAUUUGUAUCAACGUUAGAAUGUUUUUAUAAUCUAUCAUGCAUGUUAAUAGUUCAUCAACGUAUAGAUUCUCCAGUACCUUUCAAUUUUUCCGCUCUUGAUCCAGAUUUGAAUGAAUAUAAUGAAACAAUUGGAAUAAUUCUCAAUCGAUUAAUGGUUGAAAAUUGGUUACCAACUGUUUCUUUUUCAUCAUAUUAUAAAAAAUGUUUACCAUUAUCAUGUACAUAUCAAUAUGAUGGUCGAAAUAAUAUUUUUAUUAGUAUUACAACUAUUAUAAGUAUUUUUGGUGGUUUAUCACUUGCAUUGAAACUUUUAAUUAUGAUUAGUUUGGAAUUUAUUAAUAAAAUUUUUUCAAAUAAUUUCUUUCAUCCAAUUUCAUUCAAUUUCAUUAAACAAAUUUUUAUUUGUCAUACUGAAAAUCAAAUUAUUCAUCGAUUACAUGUGAUAUUAGUUAUUGCAAUUCUUACUACAUUUUAUAUGUUUUCGACUUUUACUCCUCAUAUAACUCCUAUUUCAACGAAUGAACCAUCAUUAGAAAUCUAUGAAGAUUUAUAUAAAGAAUAUAACGAUACAUUGGAAUGUCCAUGUUCACAGUUAUCAAUGAAAUAUGAAUCAUUUUUAACUUUAACAACUCGUUUUCAUGAAAUAUGUUCAAGUGAAUUUAUUACAGAUCGGUGGCUUUUAUAUUUAUAUGAGAAAAGAGAUAAUGAUAGACGACAUUCACCAUAUAACUUUUAUAAUUCAGCUGUUGGACAAUUUAAAAUACUUUCCUCAUUGUGUAAUUUAUCAAAAGAAACAGUUUCUGAAUCAAUUUUUCAAUUAGGAACAACGGACUAUAUUAAUAAUCAACUUUUAUCAUUAAAUAUCUUAAAUAAUACAAUUGAAAAGUUUAUUAAUGAAUUUCAACAAACAAUUUCACAAUCAUUUGUCAAUAGUAUUUCAUUAGUUCGAGGAACAACUAGUAGUAAUAUGUUAAUGACUAAAUAUCUAAGUAAUUUGGAGUUUGAUCGUCUAGCUCCCAGCUCUGGUGAAAGGCUUAUGUAUAUGUUUCCCUUAAAUUAUACUGGAUGUAGUUGUUCAGUGUCGUCUAAAUGCGUCAGUUCAUCUUUUGGAAUGCUAAUUGGUUGUUAUCCACUUGAAUCAAUAUUUCAAACAACAUUACACUGUUUUUAUAAUCAAACAUGUAUUGAUUCAACAAAUAAUUUCAAAUCAAUAAAUGAUUCAUCAUUAGAAACAAGUCGUUUUUCAGUAAAUCAAACAAUUGAAUCAGUUGUCGAUGAAUUAAUGAUUGAAGAAUUAAAAUUUCAAAUAAAUUAUUCAAAUUAUUUUAAUGCAUGUUCACCAUUAAUAUGUAUUUAUUCAUAUGUUGAUAAACGGAAUGCUAUCGAAGGAAUAUUAACAUUAAUUGGUUUAUAUGGUGGCUUAGUUAUUAUUUGUCGAUUAAUUGCUAUUAUUGUCGUCAAAACAAUGUGCCGGGUAAAUAGUAGAGUUAAUCCAACUACAAAUUUAUCUUAA